CGGAAGGGAGGGCCCAGGCCAACAACAACACAACAACAGCUGCUCAAGCUGCCUGUAAACAUCACAUUCGUACCGUACACCGAGGGAACCCCACCCUGAUCACCACAGUACAUGAUAGUAUUACCUCUGAUGAACAACUCAACGUGAACUGAAAGGCCAAAAGAUGUUCCCGUAUCAUUCUGUGGCCUACUGUGGAUGUCAGUAUUUCAUAAUGUAAAGGAAGAAAUGCCUGCAUGUUAGAACAUGUCUCUAUUUCACCACACCUGAAGGAAGAAGCACAAGACCAUGUCAGUGUUCGAGUACAUACACAGAAGACAGUAUGGGUAUGAAGCUCCCCCUAGCAAAACCCUCAUGAACUACUCCUCCAGAAAAAUGCCCCUUCUGUUUGAGGAGAGGGAGUACCACUUGGGGAUGCUGAACAAAGUCUUUGCUGCACAAUGGCUGUCUGCAAACCAAGUGGUGUGUGCAACCAAGUGCAAUAAGUUGUUUGUUCUGGACCUAAAGACAGGCAAGCAAGUGUUCAUCCCCACCCUGCAGAUUCAGGAGAAUGAAUUUUCUCCCCUCAUGGGGAGCACCGCACACUGCGGCAUCCACAGUGUCGCCAUCAACCCCUCUGGCACCCUGCUGGCUACGGGUGGGGAGGCUCCUCACAGCCUGGCUAUAUACAGACUACCCAGCUUUGACCCACAGCACAUAGGCCAGGGCUGCCACACUGACUGGAUUUUCUCCAUAGUGUGGUUGGACGAUGAGUUUCUGGUCACAGGUUCCAGAGACAGCUCUGUGGCUAUCUGGAAGAUUGAGGACAGCUCACAGUUGGAAGAGCCUUUGGAAAGGGAACAGCCCCAUAGCCAGGCAACUGCAAGCAGCUGUACUCAACAGCCAUGUGGACAUUCUGCUGAGGACAGUGAUGUUACUCUCCCCACCUAUACUGCCAUUCAUCCUGUCCUAAAGAAGUCAUGCAGUCUGGGUGAGAGGUUGAGGGCUGUGGUGUUCAACACGAGAUCUGAGGAGCUGGUGGGACUCACUUCAAAUGGCUACAUCAAUGUUUGGAAUAUCAAUGGCAUGAAAGAGGUUUUCAGUGCCGAGGCUCCGUACGAAAGAGAGAACACUAGCUUGACCCUUGACCUUGAGAAAGGGCUGCUUGCAGUGGGGUCGCAGUCCCACAUGUCGUUCCUGGAUGCCAUGACGAUGAAACAUGUUCUUAACGUGCCAUCAAAGGACAAAGGAACAGGUGUGCGGUCCAGCUCCUUCCGAGCGGAUGUGGUAACCAUGGGAACCGGCGCAGGGUCGCUGCUGUUCUACGACGUUCGAGCACGGAGGUUCCUGGACUGCAACUGUGGAAUGACUCUGAGACUCCGCUCAGGGGAGGGCUGGCUGAAACAUGACGAAAUGUACCGUGAGUUCUUCUCUGACCAGGACCAUUUUCCCAACGCAGUGUACGCUCAUCUGUAUGAUGAUGCAGGCAUCCGACUGUUUGCUGCAGGGGGGCCUCUUCCAGCUGGUCUCAGGCAACUCCCAAACAGGAUGCCGCAUGCAACAAGCGUGGCGCUGGUCCUGGCGCUUCUACCUGUCAUAUCGGCAAGAUACACCUCCGGUGGCAGCAGUAUUGCCAGGAGAAGCAUUCCCCAUGUGAACAACUGUGUAAAUGGCACCUACAUGUCCGACCAAGGGCGCUGUGUGCGAGACUGCGGCCCUGGUUUGUUCGGGGAGGGGUGGCCCGGUUACUGUCGCCCAUGUGAGGGGAAUUGCAAGACUUGCUUCCAGUCUGGCACUACAUGCACCAGCUGCAGGGAACCACUCUACCUCAAGGACAACAGGUGUGUUGAAGACUGCCUGCCCCUUCUGACCCGUGGACCACCCAAGCAGCGGCUGCGGCUGAUUGGUGGAAACUCACAGUUUGAAGGUCGGGUGGAGAUUCUGCACGAGGGAGUCUGGGGGACGAUCUGUGAUGAUGCCUGGGACCUUCCGGACGCAAGGGUCGUGUGCAAGGAGCUGGAGAUGGGAGAUGCCGUUGCAGCUACAGUCCGCUCAGCCUUCCCAGUAGCCUCUCCUGACGUCCCCAUGUUGCUUGACGAUGUGGAAUGCCAUGGCGAUGAGAGCCAGCUGGAUUUCUGCGGACAUCGGGAGUGGGGCAAACACAACUGUGGACACUCUGAGGAGGCCGGUGUUCGGUGCUCAGGACCCGACCUGUCACGCCAGUGUGUGUCGGAGUGCGGGGACGGCUUCUAUCGGGUACCGGACACCAACCAGUGCGAGCUGUGUGCACCAGAGUGCCUGACGUGCUAUGCUGACGCCCGCCGCUGCAUGUCAUGUGACUCCCCAAGGUUUCUGGAGGACCACACUUGUGUGGAGGACUGUGUUCCUGGUUACUAUGGCAACACGCUGACACGUAUGUGCGAGCCGUGUGCCUCCAACUGCCGUCUGUGCAAAAAUGGGCACGUAGACAACUACUGCAUCAGCUGCCAUGAGGGCAUGUUCCUGCAGGGGCACCAGUGUGUUACAUCAUGUGAACCACAACUGGCCAAGCAGGCCGUCCUACGCCUGGUGGGAGGUACCACUGUGUUUGAGGGGAGGGUGGAGGUGAAGUACGGUGGAGAAUGGGGGACGGUCUGCGAUGACUCCUGGGAUAUCCGGGACGCGGAUGUUGUCUGCCGUGAGCUGGGAUUUGGGCGCGCUCUGUCAGCAGUCAGGUCGGCAGGGUACGGGGCAGGAAAAGGUCAGAUCUGGAUGGAUAACGUGUCGUGUCGUGGGGACGAGCGUGAGCUGUUCCACUGUCUGCAGAGGGAGUUUGGGGUAAACGAUUGUAAUCAUCAUGAAGACGCCGGUGUGCAGUGCUCAGGACCUGCUGCAGGAGGUGAGACAGGCACCUGUGUGGACACCUGCGGGGUAGGUUACUACCUGCGUGGGGAGGCUGAGUGUGUUCCCUGCACUUCCAACUGUCUCGACUGUCUCGAGUCGGAAGAAGUCUGCACCAGGUGUAAAGCUCCUAUGUUUCUUCAGCGGGACGGGCGCUGUGUUAUGGACUGUGGUCUGACAGAGUUUGGACUUAUCUCAGAGGGCAAGUGCCAACCCUGUAACCUGGAGGUCUGUGGUCGCUGCGCUAAUGGAGAGAGCGACAGUAACUGUACCGAAUGUCCUGCUGACAAGGUUCUGAAGGACUGGUCCUGUGAGCCUACCUGCGGACCAGACAUGUUUCUGCUCAACCAGACUUGUGUCUCCGACUGUGGCCAGGGUCGCUAUGGCAACCCCAAUGGCUUCCGCUGUGAGCCCUGCCCUGCCGACUGCCUCACCUGCGAGUUCUCUUCAGCACAGCUGGUCUGUACUUCCUGCAAGGCCCCAAAAGUCUUCCAUAACCAGCGAUGUCUCACUAUGUGCCCCUCCGGCACCUAUGCCGCCAUGAUGGACACCUCACAGAGCAACAUGUAUGCUGCCAUCCGAUUGGCUGGAGGAGGGAGCCAAUUAGAGGGCAGGAUUGAGAUUUUACAUGAGGGACACUGGGGGACUGUCUGUAAUGACUUCUUUGACCUGGAUGCAGCCACUGUAGCCUGUAGGCAGAUGAACCUGGGUGCUGCAGUGGGGUUGAUAGAUCUGGAGUCAGAAGACAUCGAGCCUGGCCAGGGUCCCAUCUGGUUGGAUAACGUCAUGUGUAACGGCAAUGAACAACGACUGGAGGACUGCUAUCGACAGGAAUGGGGCGAAAACAACUGUAACCACAACAAGGAUGUCGCCAUACGCUGUGAAGGCCCAGGAGUGCGUGAGUGCCAGCCCAGCUGUCCAGAUGGUUACUAUGGAAAUGCGUUGGACCACACCUGUCAGCGGUGCUUUGCCAACUGCUUGACCUGUGCCGGGACGUCCUUCACCUGCGACCGCUGCAAACCCGGCUUCUACAACAACGGCACGACAUGUGUGUCCAGCUGCGGGCACGGCUUCCACGCACGGGACGGGGACGGGACCUGUCAGCCCUGCAGCGACUCCUGCGCCUCAUGUGAGGGCACUGCUGAUCAGUGUACCAGCUGUCCUGACGACAUGUACCUGCAAGGUAGCACGUGUGUGGCAAGCUGUUCAGAGUACCAGCUGGCACAGUAUGACCGUGUCCGGCUGGUGGGAGGUCGAACGCCAUUUGAGGGUCGUGUAGAGGUGAAGUACGGGGGCAUCUACGGGACUGUCUGCGACGACAAGUUUGGUUUUAGCGAAGCAGAGGUCAUCUGUCAGGAGCUUCAACUGGGAACAGCUCUGGAGGCUGUGGGGGAGGCUGUGUUUGGGCAGGGCUCUGGGCAGAUCUGGCUGGAUGAGCUGGAGUGCUCUGGAAAUGAGAGUUCUGUUUUCCACUGUGGACACAACGGGUGGGGAGUCAGCGACUGCCGCCACUCAGAAGACGCAGGUGUGCGCUGCUCAGGCCCAGAUAAGUCACGUGUGUGUGUGACAUCGGCUGAAUGCUCGGAUGGUUACUUCGUCAGUGUGGAUGGAAAGAGCUGCGGGAAGUGUUCCUUCAACUGUCUGCGUUGCCAAGGCGACCCUGACCACUGCAUCGCCUGCAGUGAAGGCCAAUUCCUCAACCCUGACAUGAACCGCUGUGUGGACUACUGUCUGCAGGGUUACUAUGGCGACCAAGCAACUGGAACUUGCAAAAAAUGCAGUUCCCAGUGUGCAGACUGUCGGGACAGUCCCACCACAUGUAUCCAGUGCCCCGCCCCAAAGUACCUGAGUAUGGAGAACACCUGUGUGGACAACUGCGGCAGUGGCUUCAUCAUGCGAGGCAGCGACGAGAUACGAUUGGUCAACGGAUCCAGCAUCUUUGAAGGGAGAGUGGAGGUGUUCCAUGAUGGAGUCUGGGGGACGGUCUGUGAUGACACGUGGGACAUGCAUGACGUCACCGUGGUGUGUCGCCAGCUCAGCAUGGGCAACGCAGUGGCAGCCUACAGUGGCGGCAGGUUCGGUGCAGGACAAGGCCCUAUCUGGCUGGAUGACGUGGAGUGCCUGGGGUCAGAGCGAACCCUGCUGGAGUGUCCGAAGCACAGUGCGGGGCUCGGUCACGGUGACUGCCAGCACACGGAGGAUGCCGCUGUCCGCUGUAGCGGCCCUGAUUCUUCCCAGCAGUGUGUGGCGAGCUGCGGACAGGGCUAUUUCCCAGGACCUGACCGCAUUUGUCAGCACUGUGCAGCUGCCUGCAGUACCUGUGAAACCAGCAAGGAGCGCUGCACCAGCUGUGCUGACCCACUGUUCCUGGAUGGGACCACUUGUGUGGCCCACUGUCCAGAUGGUUACUAUGGUGACAUUCUGCAGCGUCGCUGUCUGCCAUGUCACAGCAGCUGUCUGUCCUGCUACAGUGCUGACAACAAUGCUGUGUGCCGACAGUGCAAGCCUGGCUUCGCACUCUGGGACUACACCUGUGUUGAGGAGUGUGCCCCGUGGGAAGGCUGGGAGGUGCUGAGCCAGGUCCUGCCGGCGCGACCGACCAGUCCGGUGGUACGUCUGACGAGCGGAGCCAGCUCGACGGAGGGCCGCGUGGAGGUGUUGCAUGAUGGGAGGUGGGGGACGGUUUGCCACGAUGAGUGGGACCUGCAUGAUGCAGAGGUGGUGUGCCAGGAGUUGGGGUUAGGCCGGGCGGUCCAGGCACUGCGCUCAUCGCGCUUUGGUCGGGCGUCAGCUGACAUGCCGGUGUGGAUGGACGACGUGGCGUGUAUUGGACAUGAGCAGUCCCUGACGUUCUGCCGGCAGAAAGGCUGGGGUCAGGGCAACUGUGACUCAGGUCACACUGAGGAUGCAGGUGUGAUCUGUGAUGGGUCGCCCUACCAACAUCCACCCUUGAACCUGUGUCGGCAGACAGAACCAAGCCAUUGCCACGGCGACAGCUGCUAUCCUGGUGUGAACUGCGUGGAAGUCAUCCGAGGUGGUGCGACAUCGUCAGUCUGCCUGGGCUGUCCUGAUGGGCAAGUCGGAGAUGGAACCAACUGUACAGUUGUUGCUACAUUCCUGCCGGAGUUCAAGUUGAGGCCAUCCAACCGAACGGCCCGCCUGGGUUUCGCAGCCAACAUGGCAUGUCAGGCUGCUGGGGACCCCGCACCAUCUGUCACUGUGGACAACUGGUUCAAGAAUGGCAGACCCCUGCCUGCUGCUGAUGUCACCAGCGGGAGAGUCAGUGUCCUGCGGAACGGGAACCUGCACUUCUCUCGGACACAUCGCGAGGACUCGGGGGAGUACACCUGCCUCCUGCGCAACACCCGCGGCACUGCACGGGUGUCAGCAACCCUCACUAUUGAAGAGAAACCUGAGGUUGUGUCUGUGAAGCCCGGUGUGGCGGUGGUCGGCAGCCGUGCGUGUCUGCAGUGCGUGAUCGCAGGGUUGCCCGAGUCCAACGUGACGUGGCAGCGGAACAGCCACCAGCUGGAGGAGAAUCGCUACACUAGUUACGAUGAGAACGGAACUCUGUACAUUGACAACGUGCAGCAGGCAGACAGUGGAGAGUACCGCUGUAUUGCUGAGAACAUCCUAGGGAGCGACUUCGCCUCCGUCCCACUCACUGUACAAGUUCCACCCAGGUACACGCAGGAGCCCGUCAAUGUCACAGUUGACGAGGACGGCACAGCACUUAUUCCGUGUGUGGUGACAGGCAGCCCCAACCCACAGGUGCUCUGGAAAAAGGACGGGGACAACCUUCCUACAACCAACCGCUUUGCUGUGCAGGCACAAGGUCUGCAGGUGUUGAAUGUGAAGCGGUCAGACAUGGGCACAUAUUCUUGCAUCGCCCUCAAUGACGUCAUGAUCGUCUCCAAGUUUGCCCAGCUGUUGGUCAGAGGUCCUCCACACAUCACCCUGGGUCCCCUGAGCUACAACCUGUCCACGGGGGAGGCCAUCAAACUCCAAUGUGAGACCAUCGGGGUGCUGACCCCAACCAUCACCUGGCUGAAGGAUGGAAUAGAGGUGCCGGUGGAUUCACGGCAUGUCCGGUUACCGGGCGGCGGCCUGCAGCUGAUCCGGGUCGGUCUGUCAGAGGCCGGACUCUACACCUGUCUGGCACAGAACCGCUUUGGGAAGGACCAGGCCAGUGCUGUCAUCAAUGUGUCUGGUCCACCCCUCCCAGAGGACGCCAGUCACAGUGGCGUGAUUGCCGGCGUGAUCAUUGCAGUGCUUGCCGUGUUCCUGUUUGUGGGUGCCGUGCUCAUCUUCAGGUAUCUGCGCAACAGGAAGAGCCCCUACACCAUCAAGAUGCCGGAGAAACUGCGGAACUUCCGUUUCCCCAGCCGGAAUACCCACAGCAUCGCACUGGACCAGACAGUGGCAUUCCUGGGGGAGUCCGUGGAACUCGACACCAAACAUCCUGAGAGCUACCCCGACCAGCAGCCCAUAUAUGUUCCCGACCCUGGACCACAGAAUAAAUAUGUCAAGCUAUAAUGUCCAGCCCAGGCACUCACGCUACUCGAGUUGUAAAUAUACAGAAUAUCCUCAACAAAGGUUGUAAUAUUAUUCCAUCUGGAACAUUUCACUGACCUGAUCAAUAGAAGUAGGUAAAGCAUUCAGGCUCAAACUUUGCAUGUUGUUUAUCACCUCGUGUUGCAGACUGAGAGUCAGAGGUGUGCACUGCUGAAGCACAAAGAUCUGGAGAAUUGUUACCAAAUAAAUCUGGAGACAGACCGAUUAUAGCUCGUAUUUUGUACGUUUUAAAACAAGAAAUGAAUUAGUACUGAGAGUAAACUAUAAUGCCCUAGUGGUUGGAGCUCUUAUUUAUUUAAAACUUAUAGCUGUAAGUUAUUUUGUUGAAAUGUAAGAAUACGCAUAUCAUUUACAGUGUGGCGCAAAGUAUGUAUUCCACAAGACCAGCUAACCCCUCAUUUCUAAGAAAUGUCUAUUUUCCAGUAAUAUUAGUAACAAGUCUUUUGUGUUUUUCCCAUGAGCUAUCAACUACUCUAUACAAACUCUGGUCUAUCUUUAUUUGAAUGUAAACAAACAGGAAAGGCUAUUCUGAAGAAUGCUAAGUUUUCCAGUCGGGUGUUGUUCUUUUCAUCGUUGUUGUUGUUGUUUUUGUUCUGGUGUUACUGACCCAGGUCACCUCAUAAGCUGUUACAUACAGAGUUAUUUUUUUCUCUUCUGGCUACUUAAGACAUCAUGGUGAUCGCUUUAUCAUGACAUUUCUUUCUUGUCUUAAGUAAUGAAGACAUCUCGUAUUCUUCUUGUCUACCAGCCAAUUAGGUAUCUUAUUAUUGUUAACUGAUGUCACAAUCAUCUACCAGACUGUAGUUUCACAAUGUAUUUAUUUUCAUUAAGUUGCAUAUUAACUUGUGGACCUAUGAAUAUGAAAAUAGAACAUGUAUGCAAGUCUAUGAAGAUAAGAAAAUGUUUCAGACAUCGGAAAUGUUUAUAUCUAUAGUAGGUAAUAAUGCAGAAACUGUUGUCAUUGAAGUAAGUUUGUAUAUAUUGUUAAUGUUGGCAAUUACACAAAAUAUAAGCAAUAAGAAUGGGCAUUACCAAUGCAAGAUGUUAGGCUUAUAUCAAGCAAACUUCAAAGGUCUCCAAUGACUUAUGCGUGAAGAAAUGACUAGACUGUAACGAUGAGAACUUGGUACUUACCAUGGUUAAGACAAAUGAAAGGCAGAAACUCUAGAGACGCGGAAUCUAAAGCCUUGAACCCUGUCUAACAGGAGGCAAACAAAAAGAGAUGCUGCAGUUUUUGUUAUUUCGAGUUGUAUAAAACAUGUCAUGCACA